UCCCUGCCUGCCUGGUCCCAGCAGAUCCUCGACAGUCAAAAAGUUCUCACUUGCGGCGUUUGGAGGACCUGUUGCCAGCUGCUCUCAGUAACACAAGAUAAAAAAAACCGGCGUCUAUAAACUGCUUCAGUCGUUAAACCGUCCAAAGUUUCCGCAGCUUCUCAUCGACUUUCUGUUCGCCUGCUGCACUGUCAUCCACUGCUGAUGUUGUGAGUAAUGGUCUUUCAUUCACGAGAGCAGAAUGCGCCAGAUUCCUUGAAGACAAACUAAAGGCCUUGGAUGAUACCUGAUCUUUAUUGAAUCUCGAGACGUACACCUGGGGCCAUGGCUUUUAUUGUAAGGGCAGAAGGAGCUCUAGUAAGGAUUACAUUUCUCUUUCUUUACCUGAGUGUGGGCUCCUGCCAGCGUGACUGCACAGGCGUGGACUGUCCUCGGCUGGAGAACUGCAUCGAGGAAGGGCUGGAGAGUGGCGCCUGUUGCGCUUCGUGCCUACAGAAGGGGUGCACGUGUGAGGGGUACCAGUACUACGAUUGCGUCAACGCUGGAUUCAAGAACGGCAAGGUGCCGGACGGGGACUCUUACUUCGUCGACUACGGCAGCACGGAGUGUUCCUGCCCUGCCGGAGGAGGACGGAUCAGCUGCAACUUCAUCAGCUGUCCCGACCUGCCACCGAACUGCAUCGAGGUUUCAGAGCCCAUGGACAGCUGCAUGCAGUGCGAACGCGUCGGAUGCGUCCAGGACGGCCAGAAAUACGACGCGGGACACUCGUUCCACAUUGACGCGUGCCAGGUCUGCCACUGCCCCACUGAAGGGGGGACACUUAUGUGCUACCCUGUGCCGGACUGUGACCCACAAAAGGUGAAAAACACGAUGUUGGCUGCAUCCAGAGAGGGGGCCACAGCGGACAGGCACAACAGUUACCCCCUCAGUUUAGAGCCACAAGAGCACAUGGAUAAAAUCUCCGCUCCUCAUCAGCUUCCUAUGAACGCGACUCUCCCUCUUUUUAAAGAGCUGCCUCUGUACAAAGAGGAUCCAGAAGAUUAUGAUUACGGUCCUAUAGAAUCUCCAGAGAACUACCAUCAAUCUCUGGUCUUCUCCACCCAGCCCCCCUCCUCCAACAAAGUCCCCUCUGUGUCCCGGGGCGCUGACAGACCUGACAGAACGGCGGCUCUUCAGGGCUUUGACAGACAGAACAAGCUGGAGCUGAGAGAGAGAUACGGAGUUCACCAUCCCGAGGACAGAGGGGAAGUGACAGAAAGUCCCCCGAGAGGAGAGCCGAGCACUGUCAGACCUCAUAUGCACACGGGCGCUACCACUUCAUGGCAGCCAUCACGGCGUCUAGACAGCGCGCAAAGUGAAACAUUCAGUGAUCUUACCGCACAGACGGAUGUAGAGAAUCCAUUGCACGGACUAAAAAGUUCAGACAGAAUCAUAUAUCGACCACACCCAGAUUUGAGAAGCGAAAAGCACCCAGAGGAUCUACAUAGGAGUUCAGAGAGAGCAGUUCAACAGAGAGUCACUGAGAUAUAUAACCUGAAGACGUCUGAUGGUGUGACGGCCGAUGGUUCAAAGAAUCAGACCAAUAUAAGUCAUCCAGUGAGAGGAACACAAAGUCAAGCCAAUCAGCAGAGACAAUCAGAUAGAGAGCAUUUUUCACUCUACACACUAAAAAGCCCAGAGAGUCUGAUCCACCACCAAGCAAGUUCAAAUGGUCAGAAAGAAUCACUGAUGACAGUCACAUCAGACAUAGAGGAACGGGUGGAGGAAGAACAGAUGGAAGAGGAGGAGGAGGAGGAGGAGGAGGAGGAAGAAGUAACAUUUCACAGUGUCACUGGGCCUGAAGGAAGAGACGUGGCCUCCGAGCUUGAGCCAACGCAGCGGGGGGGAAUCAACGAGGAGCCAGAGAGCAGCGAUCCAACCAGCAGCUACGAAAAGACAACACCUGAGCCCAGCACCAGCUCCCCCGGGAGGACAGAGUACCUGACAACUCCCGUGGUCCGAUUCAUUACCACCACCGCCGCCGCCACCCAGAGACCGCAAAGGUUCAAGCUGGACGAGCACGAACCCAGCGGGAAGCCAGGUCAGAGGGUGUUUAACCUUCACGCUGAAGACGAGGAAAAGGUGACGGGGGAAGAUGAAGAGAGGAAAGAUCGCCCAGUGGUGCUCGUCGAACCUGAUGGGGGUCCAGGUGUCUCUGCUGAAGACCUGCUGCAGAGCUGCUGUGCUGCAGGCCGGAGAUGGGCCUCAGAAAAUCACCACUGCAACAACAUGCCAAUUCUGAGCAACGAUAAGCAAUCCCUGUGCAGUGUUGCAGAGAAGCAGUGCUGCCUCAGCUCUGUGAGAGAGAGCCGCUGUGAAAUUGGUGUGAUGUCAGCCAGAGGUGGUGACGCAUGUGAAGUGAAUGAGGAGGAGCAGUGCACAGAUGACGCCUAUCAGGUGUGCUGCAGCUGCUGUGCCCUCGGUUUGCGGCUGCGCGCUGAAGGGCGGGGCUGCGACGCGCACCAGUACCUGGGCUACCCGUGUGGUCACGUCCUCCUCACCUGCUGCGAGGAAGGGGAAAGUUCGCUCCAGAUCCAGCUGAGGAGAAAGCAGAUGCCCAGACCCACGGCUUUGCCUAGAAAAGUCACUGACAGCAAGUUCCCCAAGGAAGCCUUCUCCAUCAGUGCCACGGAUGAAGCUGCAAACACGGUGGAGGAGCAGGAGGACGUGGAUGAGUGUCAGCUCUACGCGGGCCAGCUGUGCCAGCACACAUGCACCAACAUCUGGGGCUCCUACCGCUGUGAAUGUCAUCAGGGCUACAUCCUGCAGCAGGACGGACACUCCUGUGCACCAGUGAGUCCUGAUGAGGACAAUAGAGUCAGAGAGGAGCCUGCUGUGGUCCCAACACAAAGUACAACAACCAGUACAACCACCACCAGCCCGCCACGUGCCCGCUUCAAUCCUUGUGCAGAAAAUGGUCCUUGCAGUCAACAUUGUACGGCGGUGGCAGGCCGGGCUCGCUGCUCCUGCUUCCCAGGCUUCUCUCUGAUGAUGGACGGACACACGUGUGAAGAUGUGGACGAGUGUGCGACUAACACCCACAGUUGUCGUCCCAGCGAGCACUGUGUGAACACAGUGGGAUCAUUUGUAUGCGAGCUGCGGGUCACUUGUCCUGCAGGAUACCAGCUGAGGAACAGUGUUUGUGAGGACAUCGAUGAAUGUGUGCUGCGCACCCACGACUGUGGAAUGGGCUUUGUGUGCAAGAACACCAUGGGCUCUUUCCUGUGUAAUCCCAAGCAGAAGUGCAUGACCGGCUUCACGCAGGACUCUCACAGCAACUGCAUCGACAUAAAUGAGUGCAGCAGCCUGAGUGAGCCGUGCAGAGCCGGCUCUCACUGCAUCAACACAGUGGGCUCCUACACCUGCCAGCAGAAGACCGUAACGUGCAGCCCCGGCUACCACGCCAGCCCAGAUGGAGCCAAGUGUGUUGACAUUGAUGAGUGUCAGAUGGGGACGCACCGCUGUGGAGUGGGCCAGAUCUGUCACAACCUGCCUGGCAGCUACCGCUGUGACUGUCAGACGGGCUACCAGUAUGACGCACUCCGCAAGGCCUGCAAUGAUGUAAAUGAGUGCUGGCGCUAUCCUGGCAGGCUGUGUGCCCAGACCUGUGAAAACACCCCGGGCUCCUACCACUGCUCAUGCACAGCCGGCUUCUCCCUGGCAUUUGAUGGCAAGAACUGUGAAGAUGUUAAUGAAUGUGAGAAGAACCCCUGCAGCCAGGAGUGUGCCAACAUCUACGGCUCGUACCAGUGCUACUGUCGCCAAGGUUACUACCUGAAAGAGGAUGGACGCACCUGUGAAGACAUUGAUGAGUGCUCCCAGAGCAUUGGGAACCUCUGUGCCUUCCAGUGUGUGAAUGUAGCCGGCAGCUAUAAGUGUGCCUGUCCUCCUCAUGGAUACUCCAUGUCCACCAAUGGACACACCUGCAGAGAUAUUGACGAAUGCACAGCUGGCACCCACAACUGUUCCCUCACACAGACCUGCUAUAACCUGCAGGGAGGCUUCAGAUGUCUCUCCUUCAACUGCCCUCCCAACUACAAGAAGGUUUCUGACACUCGCUGUGAGCGGACCAGUUGUCCCGCUAACUCCCUGGACUGUCAGAACUCCCCGGUCCGCAUCACGUACUACCAGCUCAGCUUCCAGACAAACAUCAUCAUCCCCGCCCAGAUCUUCCGAAUCGGACCAUCCCCCGCCUACUCCGGCGACCGCAUCACCAUCAGCAUCAUCAAGGGCAACGAGGAGAGCUACUUCAGCACCAGGAAGCUGAACAGCUUCACAGGCGCCGUCUACCUGCAGAGACAAGUCCGCAAGCCCAAAGACUUCCUGAUCGACGUGGAGAUGAAGCUGCUGAGGCAAGGCUCGUUCACCUCGUUCCUCACCAGGAUUUACGUCUUUAUCACAUCGAGCACCAUGUAACGCCAAAGAGAAUGGACUGGAACUUUCAAAAUGGUGCUACUUUUAAUGUGCAGACUCUUUUUCGUCAAAGACUCCAAAGCAUUUUUCAAGAAUCUUGAAAAUGUCGCCAAAUAGCUCAUCACCGCUUCUGUUGUCUUUGUCCAUCGCAAUCAUUUUUUUCUGAGAUAACUUGUAUUUGUAUUUACCAAAGUAUAUUCAUUUGACUCUUCAGUACACAGUAUAGCAUCACGUUGUUUAGUUCAAACAGACAGGAGCAAGGUGCUGCACAGUCACAGGUCUGCUCCCUUUUAUUUAAACCCUCACAAGAGUUUCUCGUAAAAGCCCGAAGACUUCAACUUCCUGUAGAAAUUAGGUUGUUGUUGAUGUAGGCACAAAACUGACUAAAUGUACUCAAAGUAUUUGCGUCAAAACAAAACUAAAGGCAUCAAUGUGUUACGCAAUUUAAAUGUGGUGAAAAAAGACAAAAAAAAAAGGAAGUCUUUAAAUAUUUAGUUUCUUUCCAAUUUUUUUAUUUUUUUUGCUAUUACAAGUUGGUUGAUGGAAAACGGUAAAUGGACUUGAGCUUGUAAAGCGUUUUUCUAGUCUUCUGUCUACUCAAAGUGCUUUUACACCGCAGGUCACACCUACACAUUCACACGUUGAUGGCAGUGGUUUCUAUGUAUGUGAGACCAUCAGAAGUAACUAAUCACAUUCAUACGCAUUCAUUCAGGUUUAAGUGUUUUGCCCAAGUAUCCAUCGCACAUGUUGCUGCAGGAGCUGGGGAUGAGAGAUGACGACUCUACCAACUGAGCCACAGAUUUAGAGAUUUAAACCAUAAAUAAUCUAAGAAUUAAUCGAAUUUGAUUGGCUGGUUUAAAUCCCUGUCAGACAGGAGUCUCUCUGUAUGGAGUCUUCAUGUUCUCCAUGUGCAUGUGUUGGUUCUCUCUGGGUGCUCUGGCUUCCUCCCACAGUCCAAAGACUGUCGGUGACUCUAAAUUGCCCGUACCAUAGGUGUGCGUGUGAGUGUGGCUGGUUGUUUGUCUCUAUAGUUAUCCCUGUGAUUGACUGGUGACCAGUCCAGAUUGUUCACCGCCUCUUGUCCAAUGACAGUUGGGAUCGGCUCCAGCCCCCCAGCAACUCCGAACAGUAAAAGCAGUAUUGAUAAUGGAUGAAUUUUAAUAGGUUAAAUAAAAUAAAAGAUAUCUUUUUGACUCUUUAUUAUAAAAAAAAAUUAAAAAGUGUAUUUUUUGUAACUCGUUUUGUAAUAGUUUUGAAGUUAAAAAUAAGAAAGAAAAAAUGUGGUCAUUUGUUUUACGCUCCAAGUUACUUAUACAACAUACAUUGAAUUAAAACAAAGUCAUUAGUUUUACUUGAUUACAUUUGUCCGUUUUGGGCCUCCAUACUCACCACCCAAACUGUCAGUGUGUUAAGAUAACAGUAGCAGAACAUUUGUUCAGUAUUUGGUGUAUAUUAUUUUUUUAAGACGUCAAAUGGAGGAAAGAAAGUUUUUCAAUUCAGUGCAAAGCAUCCUUAAAAAAACCAUCAAUGUCUCACGCAUGGCCAAAUGCAGCACUGAAAAUAUGAAUGUUGCCUUCCUGUUGAUCAUAUAAUGUGUCGUAUUCUUUCAUUUAUUACUGGACAUAUCUCUCUUGUGUAACUGUGCUGUAAUCAUCUCAGGGUAAAAAAAUCAUGUAGUGUUUGUGUAGACGUGACAAAUUCUUGUGUAGUUUGCAGGAAUGAAUCGGCCUGAUGUUGUAACUUCAGACCGGCCUCACGCAGACUCUACACUGACAUUUGAUCUAUAAACCAAUCAAUAAAUAAAGAUCAAACUACUGUCA